UCCCACCAUGCAAGCAAUAACAAAGCCACCAAAGAGACCAUGAUCUGGAGCAGCCUGUGUCAGUUUUUUGCUGCUCCUUUUCAUUGAAAAAAAACAAGUUUUUUUCCAUAUUAUGGGCUGCCUGCCAGGUUGUUACCCAUUCACUUAACCUGCCUAUGUACUCCCUCGUCUUGCUUUGCAUAGCCACUUUGAUAUACCAUUUGAUUCAACACCAAUCCUUAUAGCACCCCUCCUAUUUGUCCCAGCAUCCUAACCUGAAAAUUACUUGUUCAAUUCUGCUGUUUCCUAGUAAUAAACUAUCUUCAGUUCUGCAUAUCCUCUACAUCAUGCGCUCUAAUGUUAUUGAAUUAUUUCUUGUGUGGCAUUCUAUAGAAAUCCUUCUGGAAGUCUAAAUACACCACAUCAAUUGGUUCACCCUUAUCCUAUGGAUUUCAACCAUUAAAAAAACACCAACUGUGUUGUCAAAAAUUAUUUAACUUUCGUAAGUCCUUACUUUUAUUUUCUCAGAGCUUGCCACUGGACUUGAGUUUUUCCAAGCAAUCCCAAGCAUUCCUUCUGCGUUGCCCGCUGCAGUGGACGCAUGUUUUUUCUUCAUCUGUUUCUCUCUGAUGCUCACUGUAUUCCUCUGAACAUGGUCAUGCUUUUAAAGUUCACAGUUAAGCUUGUGUUGAAGCAGCAAAGUCUGAUUCUCUUUUUCUGCUGUUUUGGCCAUAAGUGAGGAACAAGGGGAGCAGUUCCUUAGAUCACUGACUUGAGACACUGGAUCAAUUUCUUUUCCCACAGCCUCUACUGCUAUUUACAACACUUCGUGUAGUUAUAUCAGAUUAUCUGCAUUGAAAUUGUGUUUGUUUCUUAAAUAUUAUUUUUAGAGGUGCACUUAGAUUUAUAUUUACUAUCAUUGACUAAGAUGUAUGUUGUUAACCGGCAGUAGUACCAUGAAAAGACAUAAAAUUACUAUCAGUUACAAAAAUAGGGUAAAUAAAAAAAAGGAAUAACAAGGUAGUGUUCGUGGACCGUAUUAGAAAUCUGAUGUCAGAGAAGGAGCUGUUCCUAAAUCAUUGAGUGUGGGUCUUCAGGCUCCUGUACCUCCUGCCAGAUGAUAAUAACAAGAAGAGGGCAUACCCCCUGAUGGUAAGGUUCCUUAGUGAUGGAUGCCAACUUCUUGUCUGCUUGUUUCUCUACCUAAUGGAUACCAAACUUCCUGCCCAAGACAGCAAGCAGUAGCAGAGACUUGUGAGUGCAAGUCACUCCGUCACAUAAAACAACUUUUCCAGUCUCAAGUAAACAGCUAACAGGAUCAAUAAGUCCUCGCACUCACCACCUAGUCAUUCUCUUUUCUCUCCUCUCCUAUUGAGCAGAAGAUACAAAAGCCUAAGAACCACAAGACUCAAGGACACCAGUUAUCAGACUCUUAAACAGACCUCUCAUACACUAAAAGAUAAACUCUCCAUUUCCAAAACUACAUCAUCAUGGCCCUUGUCUAUAUAUACAGUACUUCCUCUGUAACUCUAACUCUAUUUUCUGCAUUCUGUUUGUGUUUACAACAUUGGGUAAUUAUCUGUGACAUGAUCUGUUUGGAUGACACACAAAACAAAAACUUCUCAGUGGAUCUUAUUGAACCAAUGCCAAUGAUCUAGUUAGUGAUUCAAAUGUUAGUUUUGCUUUGGAGGAACGGUUGGUAUCUUUCUCAUUGACUGGAUCAUUUUGUAUUAAAUAAGGUUGAAUGAGUAAAGAAAAAUUUCAAAGAUGUUGCUGGGGGAUGACCUAAGUUAUCAGGAAAUAUUGAAUAGGUUUCAGCUUUAUUCCUUAGAACAUCGACGAUUAAGGGGAGAUUUGAUAGUUAUACAAGAUUAUGAGGGUAUAGAUAGGGUAAAUGAAAGCAAGCUAUUUUCACUGACAUUGGGUGGGACAACCAGAGGUCAUGGGUUAAGGAUGAAAGGUGUACAGUUUAAAAGGAACAUGACUGGAAACCUUUUUACUCAGAGGACUGUGAAUGUGUGGAAUGAGCUGCUGGCACAAGUAGUGCAGGCCAGCUUGAUUUCAAUGUCUAUUUAAGAUAAGUACAUGGAUGGUAGGGGUAUGGAGGGCAAUGGUCUGGGUGCAGGUUGAUAGGAGUAGCAGUUUAAAUGGCUUGGCAUAGACUAGAGGGCUGAGGACUGGUUUCUGUUCCGUACUUCUGUAUGACGUGUGGUGCCUGGCCAAGUGGUUAAGGCUUUGGACCAAGCCGAGUCAAUGUGUUGUGUCCUUGAGCAAGGCACUUAACCACCCAGCUGAAAAUGGGUACUGGCAAAAUGCUGGGGGUUAACCUCGCAAUAGACUGGUGUCCAAUCCUGGGGGAGUCUCCUACUCUCUCAGUUGCUUCAUACCAGGGAAACCAGCAUAAGCACCAGCUUGAUGGACACACUUUAACUUCAACUUCUCUAUGACUUGAAAGGAUAUGGAGGAGGCAGAAGAAUGGGGUUAAAAGAGAAAAUGGAUCAACCAUGACGAAAUGGUAGGAUGUACUGGAUGGGCCAAAUGGUCUGGUCUUUAUCUCGUAUGGUCUCAUAGUCUUAAAAAGUACAGAACUAGCUGCCCUAUGACUCUAUUAAUGGAUGUCCUAAAGCGUGUUGAUUUUUAAAUCUUUUUCCCCGAAGCAAUGAACCCCUCCACCUGAAAGUCCCAGGUUGCGCACCGUUGGGUCGGAGAAUGCCCCGAUUAAGCGGCGGGACGGAGGGUGGGGCCCAGCUUCCUUCUCUCGGGUGCCUGAAAGCAGCAAGGCGGAAGUCAGAGGGCUCAGAGGCCGGGGAUUUCCCACUGGGGACUUCCGAGCUCCUCUCGGCCGUCGGGGAGCAGCCAAUGAGGCGGCGCCGGUGAGUAAACUAGCAGCGCCAGAGGGACCGAGAUUGCAGCUCCGCCGGGAGGGUUCGGGCUCCUGGCCGCCUCUGAUGUCGAUAUUUUUAACUAUGUAAUAUCACUUCGGUAAAUAUGGAUAAGAAUAUUGGGGAGCAACUCAACAAGGCUUUUGAUGCAUAUCGUCAGGUAUGUGUGGAGAGAGACAACAUCAAGAAAACAUUAGAGCAACGGAUUUCUGCCUUAGAACAAACUCUGGAAAAGAAACAAACUGUCAUUGCAAAAUUACAAUCACAGGUUGCCUCUACCACCCCCAGAGGUAAUCUUCCUGGUCAAGUUCAGGCUCUGGAGACCUUCCCACAAGUAACUGAGGGUGACUUGCUGAAAGUCAGAAGAAAUGAGGCACCACAUCCUGCUGCAUCUGAAUCGCUGGAGGAUUUGAAAGUAGCAUUAGAAAGGGAAAGACUUUCUAAGGAAAGCUUGCUAACCACGAAGAACAGGUUAAUGGACCAGAUUAAGGAUUAUCAGCAAAAACAGACAGAGCUUAAGAAUGACAUUGAAGAAAAAGACCGUCAACUGUGGCAGCUCAGGAAAGAAAUUAAGGAAUACACUGAAUUACAACCCCACUGCAGGCCAGUCUUGGAGGUGAACUGGGAGUUGACUGAAUCACCAUUAAAGAAGGAUAUUCCUUUGACAGGGACAGAUCAUCAUGCGUUGUGCAAAGAGAGGAUGGAGUUUGCUUUUCAGGAAAUUUAUCAAGAAUUUAAGCACCUGUCCGCCUUGACAAAAAAACAAACAGAACUUCUCAGUAAAUAUAACUACAACAAAGAAGUAAUAAAUAUGCCUUUCUCAAUGCCUAUACAAUGCACAGAUGAAGGAGAGCAAGAACAUCUAGUUAAAACCAAUGUGAAGGAGGGAAGCAUAUCAAAGGACUUUGUUGCAUCACAAGGCUACAGAGUUCAACAGGGGCAGCUUCCAGUUGUUGAGUCAUUAUCUGAGUUAGAUAUCAAAUUCCCACCUUCAGAUAAUUAUGAAUUCCUAAACAGUGCACCAGAAAAAUCAAAACUAAAACUUCCUGUUGAAGUCCCUACUUGUAAUGUUGAAGAGGUGCUGUUGAAAGAUGAUAUCCAGGACUUGAGUAAAAAAUGCAAUAAAGAAGAAUGGACUUCAUUUGAAAUUUGUAAUGCGGGAUCAAUUAAUGAAGAGUCCAACAACCUCUUCUGUGGUGAACAAGGGAAGUGUGCAAACAUUAAUAUCGAAAGAACCCCGUUUAGAAAUCCUUCAAGCCCUACUGCUCAUAAACCUUCAAAUCCUUUCCUAAAUGUUGAAGAGUCUGCCAUUAAGUUUCCAGCAACAGAGAUAAGAGGACCUCAGCAGCCUGUGUGGAGUCCUUACCACAAUAAAGAGGGUGAAUUGCUGCAUCAAGCAUCCAAUGACUCUGACCUGGACCUACGCUCCAAAAUCUGUGAAUUCUGUCAGGCAGUCUUCCCAGCAGGCUCCAGAUCUAGGGAAAACUUCCUCAGGCAUCUUAAUUCACACUUUGAUCUUCCCGCUAAAAAUGGAUUUUAAUGCUUAUACAUUUCUACAGUUUGAGAUGAAGAAACCAGUCCUGUGAACCUAACAUGUUCACAUGAUGUAUUAAAUAACUCUUGUUAGUGUAGAAUUAUAAAUUUCUAAAGAGCAUCUUUUAAGGUUGGUACAGUAAUGUAUUUUGGAAUUUUUGUCCUUGAAGGAACUUUUUACUUUGGAACAAUGUCUGAUUAUUUAUAACAGAACAUUCUGACAAGUUCAUUUGAAUCCAAUUGUUCUUUAGGGCCAUUUGUGUUUUGACAAGUGUCACGUAAUUGGAGUACAUUAGUUGUAAAUUAUCCACAUCAGCAUUUAAAAAAAUGACUUACAAAAUGAGGAGGAAAAAACUGGCAGCAUAAAUAAAAUUAAUUACUAGUUUUGUAGAUCUUUAUCUUUUAAAAAUAAAAGCUACUGGAUUGUCUUUCUCUUUUCCUAACUAAAAUUAACUUCAAAAUUUGCCCAGCCCUCGACACAAGUCUUCAUCUUUUUAUUUCUCCAGUCUCUCUUGACUCAUCUUGUUUAUCAUCUUAUCCGUUGAAUAUAUUCCCACCAAAGUGUUACCAACCAGCCUACCUUCUUGGACUCCAUAUUAACUUAAAUUGCUCAUAGCUCUUCCUCCUUGGCUACUGAUUAAUUUCAUUCAGAACUGAUGUUUAUAUAGUUCUCCUCAAAAGAGCACCUCCGCUCAAUUCCUUGAAUGUUUUGCAGCCUUCCAGAUUCAUGCUCAUCCUGCCAUAACCGGAUGGUGUCACCAUACCUGAUCCUGUCUAAAUCUUUAUACAGUUUUCUUUUUUGUUAAAUGUAUUCUUUUGUGUUUCUUUGUUUUGUGGCUGCCUGUAAGGAGACAAAUCUCAAGGCUGUAUAAUGUAUACAUACUUUGAUAGUGAAUGUACUUUGAAUUAUUGUACAGAGGAGAUCAUUCUGAGCAUAGAUUGUUUUGCUUGGUCUGAGCAGCAGUUCUGCAAGUCCCCAUUCCCUCUUUCCCCUUUAUAUUAUUUUCUUGUUAUCUCUCCAAUUCCCUUUUUAAAAUACUCAUUAAUUCUGUUUCCACCAUCCAAGGGAGAGCCAGUGGAUGUAGUGUACCUGGACUUCCAGAAAGCUUUUGAUCAAAGUCCCACAUAGGAGAUUAGUGGGCAAAAUUAGGGCACAUGGUAUUGGGGACAGAGUACUGACAUGGAUUGAAAAUUGGCUGGCUGACAGGAAACAAAGAGUAGUGAUUAACGGGUCCCUUUCGGAAUGGCAGGCUGUGACCAGUGGUGUACUGCAAGGUUCGGUGCUGGGACUACAGCUGUUUACAAUAUACGUUAAUGAUUUAGAUGAAGGGAUUAAAAGUAACAUUAGCAAAUUUGCUGAUGACACAAAGCUGGGUGACAGUGUGAAAUGUUAGGAGGAUGUUACGAGAAUGCAGGGUGACUUGGACAGGUUGGGUGAGUGGGCAAAUGUAUGGCAGAUGCAGUUUAAUGUGGAUAAAUGUGAGGUUAUCCACUUUGGUGGCAAGAACAGGAAGGCAGAUUACUAUCUAAAUGGAUUCAAGUUAGGAAAAGGGGAAGUACAACAAGAUCUAGGUGUUCUUGUACAUCAGUCAAUGAAAGCAAUGAAAGCAAGCAAGAUACAGCAGGCAGUGAAGAAAGCUAAUGGCAUGCUGGCUUUUAUAACAAGAGGAAUUGAGUAUAGGAGUAAAGAGGUCCUUCUGCAGCUGUACAGGGCCCUGGUGAGAUCCCACCUGGAGUAUUGUGUGCAGUUUUGGUCUCCAAAUUUGAGGAAGGACAUUCUUGCUAUUGAGGGAGUGCAGCGUAGGUUCACAAGGUUAAUUCCCGGAAUGGCGGGACUGUCAUAUGUUGAAAGAUUGGAGCGACUGGGCUUGUAUACACUGGAAUUUAGAAGGAUGGGAGGGGAUCUGAUUGAAACAUAUAAGAUUAUUAAGGGAUUGGACACACUGGAGGCAGGAAGUAUGUUCCCGCUGAUGGGCGAGUCCAGAACUAGAGGCCACAGCUUAAGAAUAAGGGGUAGGCCAUUUAGAACAGAGAUGCGGAAAAACUUUUUCACCCAGAGAGUGGUGGAUAUGUGGAAUGCUCUGCCCCAGAAGGCAGUGGAGGUCAAGUCUCUGGAUGCUUUCAAGAGAGAGUUAGAUAGAGCUCUUAUAGAUAGUGGGGUCAAGGGAUAUGGGGAGAGGGCAAGAACAAGGUACUGAUUGUGUAUGACCAGCCAUGAUCACAGUGAAUGACGGUGCUGGCUAGAAGGGCCGAAUGGCCUGCUCCUGCACCUACUGUCUAUUGUCUUACAAAUAGUACUUUAUUCUAACUACUCUGUUUUACAAAAUAUAUUCUUUGCACCUUUUGCCCAAAGCCUUACAUCUUUGCCCCAAGUUUUUGAGCUAUCUACUAAUGUCUGUGGUAUUGCUGAGACUGUGUAGUUUCAAAAAUAUAAUUUUCUGACCUCUACUACUUUACUUCUGAAGCAUUGAGGCAUGUAUCCUCUGUUACCUCAAGACUGAAUUGUUUCAAUAUAUAGUAGGUUUCAACUGAUCCAAAACUUUAUGUCCCUCUUAAGCCGAUGCUUGUUGAGUUAGAUUUGAUUGUAGUUAUGCAAUGCCUCAAUUUCAAUCUUAACCUCUUUCAUUCUUAGAAUGAUUUAGGCCUUAAUCUACCCAUCUCUGUAACUUCAUCCACUCUCAGGGAUAUUGAAAGCACCCAAUAUCUAACCUUUUAAUCACACCCCGAGUACCCGAUACUCAAUAUCGGUUCUGGAACUUCCUCAAACUACCUGUCAUUUGCUUACAUCUUCCACCUCUCCCCUUUUCGUAUUCUGUACUCUUUAAAACCAGUCUACUUAUAUAAGUUCUGACAGUCCCUGUAAUAUUUCUCUCUUGCUCAACAUCAAUAUUGUUUAAUAUUGCUUCUGUGAAGUGUUUUUGAAAAAUUCUGUGAAGAGCUUUAGGAAAGCUUGAAGAAUGAAACUUGCUGUUCAAGUUUGACUGAUUUCAUAAUUUUUCACCUCAUCUCACGUUCGGACAUUUACCAUUCUUCAACAAAAUGCCUGUUCUUCAACAUGCCUUACUAUAACCUCCAAAAUUGAAUCCAUUAUUUUUCAAUCAUGACAAUUCCAGCAUUUGCUUGAAGUUGCCACUUUAAUGCCAGUUUAUUUAAAUGCCAAUUUAAAUUCCAGCAUUUGAAGUUAUGAAUUUGUGAGCAGUUGUGAAUGUAUAUGCUUGCUGACAUUUUAUAUCAUUGAGAGUCUUUAAAAUAAACCAUUAAAAAUGUUUUUUGUAUUGUUCAAGGCCGUUGGUUAAAAUGAAUAAUGUAUUGCCCAAAAUUGUCUGAAAUUACAAAAUGUACUCCAUAUUAUAUGAAAAUGUUUUUCAUUCAUACCAUCCAGUGGCAAAAUGGUAGCAAUUUAGCCUUCAUUUUUUAGGGUUCACUUGCCUUUUUAGAUGCUCUCAUCUGACCCACUUAAGUUGUCUCAGUAGUUACCGUAGUCACUUAAAAUACUAAUGCUUUCAGUACAGAGUUGAUCAAAGUGGAAUUAUUUAUUCUGUCAUCAAAGAUGAAAUAGAAACCAGAAACACAGUAGCUGAGGCUAACAUUCACUGUUGGGCAGUAGAACUUUGAGGAUAUUUUUCUACAAGCAGGCUUUUAAAACUUUUAUUUCAGUUAUCAUGUGUACAAAGAAUGAAAUUAAAUAUUUAAGUUUAUCACAA